ACGUAACAAUACAAAUUUGGGUAUAAAAUGGAUCGAAUUAUGAAUGACACGGUACCAGACAAGCUCAGGAAACGGUCUAUUUAUACUUUUCUUAUAUUCAGAAGGUCAGAAUGAUCCGUUUCUGUGUAGCCACUCUCUUGGUUGCUUACGUCGCAGCCGGAAGUUACAAGCCUUACCAUCACGGCCCUGGUCACCACGGCCCAGUUCACCAUGGAUCAGUACACUACAAUCCCUUCGCUCGAAGACCCGGACUCCAUCAAAGUACAUUGUUCAACGCUUUGAAUAAUGGCAGAACCCGUCUUUCUGGAUCCGGUGGACACAUAACAAAAUCUCUCUCUCACCACGGUAAAUCAAUCCACGUGAAUGAUGGUCGCCACACGGCCACCGCCACUCACCACCACGACGGUACUGUUAGUGCCAAUGUUCUUCCCAACCACGUUUUGGGUCAAGGUGUUCACCCAUCAUCUGUUCGCACACUUGGACAAGUUGGUCCCGUGGGUUCAGUUGGAUCUUUAGGUCCAGUUGGUGCACUUGGACCUGUUGUCGGCGGACCCCUUGGACCUGCUGGUUCAUUGGUUCACGGAGCUGGACCAUACGGAGUUGGACCUAACCUUUCUGGAGGAAUAAAAAGAAAGGGUAGAUACUGAAUAAUGGCUGUUCCGUCGUUAGAAUUUGGGAGUGGAGUGAGAUAUAUGUCUGGUAUACAUGUGUAUGUCAAUAAAAAUUCAAAAAUAUUCA